UACUAGCUUUUGAUCUUACAGGAAUGCAAUGGGUAGAUUCCACUAUUACAUUUUUCCUGGCCUUACUAGUGCUUUGAGUGCUGUUAGUAUAUUUUUGGAAAAUCCGAAAAAGAGAGGUGUGACAGUUACUUCGUUUCUGUACUUGAUGUUUGAAGUGUUUGUCCGUUACUUGGAAGAGUUUAACUACAUCCACCGAACGACAGGCUUUGAAACAUUUGUGUUCAUGAUCUGCAGUGCGGCUCUGCUUUAUCUAUUGAGAAUUGUCAAACAUCAAAAAUCGAAUCUUUGGUUUUUCUUACCACCAUCGUUCGGAAAAAGUAAAAUUACUGAUGAUAAACGCCAUUAUUGUCCUCAUCGUGGGAGUUGCUGGGAUGAUAUAAUCAAUAAUACCGCAAAAUACUUCGGAUUUGGAGUACUAGUUCAAUGGCUCAGAGCCACUGUACCGAAAUUUCGAAAAAUUCUCAAAGAGCCAUCAUUACUAAAUCCUUUCAAUUUGAAAACUCUGAAACUAGGUGUCUUCACUGGAUUGUACGUUAUGACUUAUAAGAUGACAAGCUGUUUUCUAUGUAGAUACAGAAAGGAAGACUCGCCCCUACAUGCUAUUCCCAGUGGACUAUUAGCUGGAUUAGCUUACAUCAUCCGUCCAGAUCUGACAGUUAUUCUUAUAGCUAUUUGUAACUUGUUAACGUUAUCCGAGUAUCAUUUCAAAGAUAAAGGACUUCUUCCAAAAUGGCCUUUUUCAGAGGUGGCUUACAUAAUUGCUUCUGGCAUUCUGUUCCACAGUCAAAUGGUAAUUCCGAAUUGUACACCAAAGCAGUUUGUCAACUUGAUGCAUUCAUUUUCUUAUGGAAAGUCCACAGAGAUCAAUAAGAGACUAUGGGACUACAUCGCAAAAAGCCAAGAGCUGAAAAAAUUGGCAUCCUUAUGAAGGGAGCUGAGUCAUAUAACUGUGUGGAUAUUGGAAACAUUAUUUCGAGUGUUAAGUACAUUGCAAACGACAAACGAUUACAUAUUAAAACGGUAUAUUAUUAUGUGAUAAAUAUAUAUUAUACAUUUUUU